UCUUCUCAAUCCUCUCGAAACCUACCACCUAUGUUCCAUGCAUAUCUGCGUCGAAGCCUUGUUCCUUCUUCGUUCCUAUUCUACUUGUAUUGUAUCUAAUUUCUAAAUUCGGGCAGGUGAGGUCCCUAUGUUAAAGUCUACUGGCUUCGACUUGAUCUGCGUCUCUGUCUUCUUCUUUCCGGUUCCCCUACUACCAGAAUUGUUUUGGCACGUACGAAUUGCGAACAGUUUGAUAACACUGUCGUUACCGAGGGAGAAAUGCAGAAAUAUCACAUUGCGAGGACAGUCCCCUUCUUUUUGUUCGACACAGCCUGUAUGCAUUGUGAUGGUUAAACUGGAUAGCCGCUUGCUAGAGACCGCUUUUUCAGUAUUAUCUUUUUAGAUCUGGCCAUAAGAUUUAAUUGUUUCGAAUAAAUUAGCAUAACCGAAAGCCUGUAUAAUCUGACUAGGACAAAGCAGACCGGAUGGACGCGCACU